CGCAGUGUCAGUCUCCUCCUUUGACAGCUACUGGUCAGAGUCGGAAAUGAUCAGUUGGCGCCCAACUUUGGUAGUCGCUCUAUGGGCCCCUGGAGGUCGUCUCGUAAUCUCCCAAGGACCUCUAAAUGAAAGGAGCCGUAUAUCCAUUGUCAAAAGACGUUUCUCGUGCUCUGAUUCGACAUGACUUGAAGGAUUUUGGACGAUUGGGCAACCCGAAAUGGUUGUGAAGAAUGCAGCGCCGUCUCAAAAUACCACGCCGGGCUAUGCAACGGCCGGGCUGUUUGAGUCUGGCAGUGUUUCGGGCCAUUUCGAUGCUGAAUAGGCUAAACACGAAACACUUGAAGUGCUGUGCCGUGGAUUUGACGGCGGCCCGGAAGAACCCUCGUCAAUUCUCGUUUCCAAAGCCUUGGUUGCAUAUCAAGAUGGGGAUUGAACUGACUCGAGUAAGCCUUCGGAAGUGCAUCUGCGAACUCGCUGGCCAGGGAAAUGACGUCAACACGCCUUCUCAAUAUUCUCUGCCGUUCGAAAUAGAGCUCCACGUCAACAGAGGGCCGUUGGGAGCCAUUGUCCAAUGUAAGCUCCUGUUACGCGGCCAAGUUGAAAUCUCCUGCACGAUGGCUGUACGUACAUUUCCGCGUUGUCUUCGGAAGGGAAGAGGUAGCGGAUUGGCGGCAGAUCCCUCGAUGUGGUAUCAUCAACGACUCUGCCCCAUUGAAGUGGUUGCAACGAUGACCCAGCCAUAGUCACCAGCGCUGUGCCGCUGCAAGUCUUCAGCAAAAGCGUACUGGACGACGUUGGAUAUAGUAACCAUCG